CAUCCUCUAAACCCAUCGCCUUCCCACACAAACCACCUUUCUUUUCUUCUUCCCUUCCUCUUCGUGCUCUCCUCGCCAUCCCUCUCCUAAUCCCCCUCUCAUCUUCCUUCUUCCACCUCCCAACCUCCUCUCAUAGUUCACAUCACCUUUACUUCGCCUAGGCUUUGCUUUCGCCAUCAAGAAGCCUUUGAUCCGAAUAGGCCAAGGAGAAAUCCAAGCGAAGGAAUCCAAGAAGCCGCCGCUACCGAGCAAGCAGCAGUCAUGGUGCGGAGCAAAAAGGUGCCGAAAAAGCCCAAGGACCCGCUCCUGACGCCUCCGUCCAAGCUCAGGGGCGGCUUCCUGGACGAGGGCCGGACGAGGAACCGUGGCGGCGCGGCCAUGUCCCCGACGCCGGCGUCGGUGCCCAACUACAUGCGGGCCACCAGCAGCUCCGACGCCAAGGGCGGUCACCGCGCGCGGCUGGGGCCGGCGACGGCGUCGGCGUCGCCCAAGAGGCGGAGGCCGGCGGUGCGGGUGGUGACGAAGGGGAAGGUGCUGUUCCCGGAGGUGCCAGGCUGCUCCGGCUCGGGCCCGGGCCGCGCCACGUGCUCGUCGACGAUGAAGGAGGCCAAGUUCCCCGACACGCUCGACCUCGCGCCGGGCGCCACCGACGUCGAGGGCCCCGCGGCGAUGCGGGUGUGCCCGUACACCUACUGCUCCCUCAACGGCCACGCGCACGCGCCGGCAGUGCCGCUCCUGAGCUUCCUCGCGUCGCGGCGGCGGCUCAUCAAGACGCAGCAGAGAAUGAAGCUCAAGGGCGCCUCGGCCUUCCGCAAGAAAUCAGGGGACAAGAACGGCGGCGCCGGCGCAAAGGUUGCGCCUUUGAUCGACGAGGAGGCGGUCGGCGACUUCUUCGUCGAAGUGUACGCUGGCCCGAGGGUGAGCUCGGACAUGAGCUGCAGCGACAUGUCCUUGGACGAGAUGGAUGCGACGGUGAGAAGGAUGGAGUUCGUCAUGUUCGACCGGUGCGGCGCGGACGAGGAGAACGAGAAGGGGAAGGAUCUUGCUGUUUGCCGUGAUGCAGAGCGUCUCCCGAGGUUGGAGGAGAGGCGUGAUGCAUGCAGGGACAGUUCGUCGGAGUGCAGCGGUGCAGACAUCGCCGGCGAUUUCGUUGAGUUGCCUUGGAUGAGGUACCACGGCUACGAGUAUGAUAUUUUGGAUGAUGAGAUCUUGGAAGAACAGAGGGUGAGAAAUGAGGAGGCUGGUGAAGCAGAGAUUUCUGAGGAGCAAGAAGAUGAAGAAGGAACAUCUGGUAGAUCGGCAGAUGAGUGCGACGAGGAUGCUGGUGAAGAACAGGAAGCAAAUGAUGAGGAAAAAAGUUCGAAUCCGCCCGGUGAAACGGAGAUCGUCACAGAGCAAGAAAGUGUUGUUUGCAGAGUGGAGGCCUGCGAGGAGCUGGAUGGAAGAGAUGAAGACAACAUCCUGGACACAGUGUGUCAUGGGGAGCCUUCUGCUGGACAAGGGACAGCAGAAGAGAAGCUCUCUGAGGAUGUCUACAAAUCAGCGAUUCCUGAUCAAGAAGUAGCUGGAAAGGCGGAUACUAUCCUGGAAGAGAGCUGCAAAGAGGAGACUUCAGCGGAUCGAGAAGCAAAAGAUGAUGAGUGCAGCGUGGAAUCUGACGGCGAAUCAGAGGUCACUGAGGAGCAGGAUGUGAAGGAUGAAGAGAGCACGCCAGAUGAUGGCUCUGAAAUGGAGAUUUCUGAGGAUACUAUCUCCAGUGAUGGAUGCAGAGAGUAUUUCUCUGAGGAAGUAACCUCCAGAGCUGUCUUAGCAGGUGAAGUUUCUUACUUCAACUCAAUUGAUUUGCCAGAUGUUGAUAUCCAGAAACUAUCAAUUGAUGACUUCAAACAAAAUGAUUGUACUGCAGACGAUGUGUUUGAACAAUAUGACAGUAUUGCAGAUGACAAUACUGCGAAUGAUGUAUUUGAACAACAUGGCUGCCCUGCAAAUGCCCAAAAUGAUGCUAAAAAGGAAUUGGGUAUCACAACAAGCAACCUUGAAGUUGACUCUGAAGAAACUGCUAUUGAUCAACAAACCAAUCAAGAUGGCACUGUGGAUGGCACGAAAGACGAUCGAAAGGAAUUGGAGAUUACGACAUACAAAUUGGAAGAAGCUUCUGAAGAAUCUGAUACUGCUCAAGCAAGCAACCCCGAUGGUAUCCCCACAUGUGUCAAUUAUGGUGCUCAAAUGGAACCAGAGAUUACAAUAUGCAAGUUGAAGGAUGCUUCUGAAGAAUCUGGUGUCACUCAAGAAAGCAGCAUAAAUGAUAAUGCGGAAUAUGUUACAGAUGGUGCUGGAAUGGGACUAGAAAUUACCAGAUGCAAAUUAGAAUAUGCUUCUGAAGAAACUGGGAUUGAUCAAGAGACUGUAGAAGAUGAUGACUCUGCAUGUGUCAGUGAUGAUGCUCAAAAUGAUUUGGAGAUCACCGAAUGCAAAUCGGAAGAUACUUUUAAAGAACCUGUUACCAUUCAAGAAGUUGAUGAGAGUGAUAUUGCUGCAAAUGUCAGUUCUGCUGCUCAAAAUGAAUCCGAGCUUACCAAAUGCAUUAUUGGUCAAGAAGCUGAUCAUGAUGAUUGCUCUGCAUAUGUCACUGAGGGUUCUCAAAAUGAAUCUGAGGUUACCACUCGUGAAUCAGAAGGUGCUCAAGAAGAAUCAGAUGCGGUUAAGGAAGAAGAGGAUGAGGUCAACACUGCAGGUUCUCUGAAGAGAUCAGAAAUUACAGCAUGUGAAUCAGGAGGUGCUUCUGAAAAAUCUGCUAUGCCUCAAGAGGCUGAUGGGCAUGAUAAUACCAUAGAUGCAAGUGACAGUGCCCAAAAGGAUAUUACCAUGCCAAAAUUGGAUGCUUGUGAUGAUAUUCAUGUUACCGAAGAAACUAAUCAAUUGUUCAAUGUGCAAAUACCAGAGCACAAGUACGACUGCACUGCCGAAGGCCACGCAGAACCUCAGAACAUAUCAGCAGAAUUUACUGAUGCAAAAGAACCUUCCAUUGAUGACAUAUGCGGCGCGUUCAGUGGGAUGAACCUCAAAGGGGAUGUAUAUUUUGAUCCUGCUGAGUCCACCACGUGUCCAAGGAAUAAAUUGAUCAUCUCCAGGAGGAGGAGAACACCUGAAGAGGAGGAAUACAUACGAGGUUUUAAUCCACGGCCACCAAAUUUUCUUCCUCUGGAAUUGGAUCCAGACGCAGAAAAGGUUGACCUCAAACAUCAAAUGAUGGAUGAGCGGAAGAAUGCUGAAGAGUGGAUGAUCGAUUAUGCACUUAGGAGGGCAGUAACAAACUUAGCUCCUGCUCAAAAAAAGAAAGUAGAGCUUCUUGUCCAGGCCUUUGAGACUGUCCUACCGCAUGAUGAGGAUGGUAAGAAGAGCAUCACACCCACAAGGCCUGUCCUGGCCUGCAACUGAUAACUUUAGAGUGAGUGCUUAAACUAGUCGUGAUCUUGACUCGUGAGCUACUAACUCGAUGGUCGCUGCAAUAUUAGCGCCAGGGACCUGCUCCAAGUUGAAUGAGAGAGCUACUUACUAGUUGCUAGAGAUAACUAGAGAUCUCUUAUUGAGUUGAUUCUACUCCACAAGGAGCGAUAACUACUUACUGAUCAAGGUAUUCCUAUCUGGUUGCUGAGUGCAAAGGGAAUAGCUCACCGAGUUAGGUAAAAAAAGGUGUGUAUACAUGUCUCGUGUGCUGAUGUCUGAUAUUGCACUAAUGUGCUCUGCGAGACUUGCAAAAUAUCGAAGGGUGAUGGGGGCGCAUGCAUGCCUUUGACAAAGAUCAAUAAAAUUCAUCGAGUGCACAGUUGUUACUGAGGAUGAUUAUAU